CAUUGUUAUAGUCCAACAUUCCAAACUCUCUUCUGGCAGAAAUUCAAUCAAAUUUUACCACAAACAUUGCUAAAUAGAUUCGGCCAUCCUUAAUUUCCCAAUAUAGACAAUCCCCUUGAAACGUACUAACCAUGCAAAAAAUUCCUCAUGCAGCGGCCCACCGCUCAAAACAAUCCACAAUUUUCCCAAGCAAAAAAUCAUUAACAGAAAAAUGACAAAAUCAAAUACAGUUUUAGUUCUUCUCUUGAAUUUUCAGCCGACUUUCUCCUCCAAUUUCGAAUGUCAGAAUUGAUGAUUUCACCAACGAUGAAAAAGAAUGCUGGUGAUUUGAGACAAACUACAGAGCGUUAGCACUUGAUUAACCAUUUCCGACGAUCUGCACAAGGUUAAUCAGAGGGGAAAAAAAUACAUAUAUAUAUAAAUAUACAAAAAGUUUGAAAGCUAUAGAGACGCACAGAGUUGGCAAAAAUGGCGGAGGCGAAGAACAAAACGGAUCAGAUGAUAGUAUGCUACGCUCCAACGAUGAUUACAACCAACGGCAUUUGGCAAGGCGAUAACCCUUUGGAUUAUUCUCUGCCGCUCUUCAUCUUGCAGCUAACCCUCGUUGUCGUCACCACUCGUAUCCUCGUUUUCGCCCUCAAACCCCUCCGCCAGCCUCGUGUCAUCUCCGAGAUCCUUGGUGGCAUAAUCCUGGGCCCAUCGGUGCUGGGACGAAGCAAGAACUUCGCAGACACGAUUUUCCCACUAAGGAGCGUGAUGGUCCUCGAAACCAUGGCAAAUGUGGGCCUUCUCUACUUCCUCUUCUUGAUCGGAGUAGAAAUGGACAUCACCGUGAUCAAACGCACCGGGAAGAAGGCGCUGGUGAUCGCGGUGGCGGGCAUGAUCCUCCCCUUCCUCAUAGGCAUCUCCUUCGCAUUCGUGUUGCACGAGAAGUCCGAGUUCGUGCGCCUCGGCACCUUCAUACUCUUCCUCGGCGUGGCCCUCUCCGUGACCUCCUUCCCCGUCCUGGCCCGCAUCCUGGCGGAGCUGAAGCUCCUUAACUCCGAGAUCGGGAGGCUGGCCAUGUCGUCGGCGCUCAUCAACGACAUGUGCGCGUGGAUCCUCCUGGCCUUCGCCAUCGCCUUAGCCGAGAACGAGGCCACGUCUCUGGCCUCGCUCUGGGUGAUCCUCUCAAGCGGGCUGUUUGUUGUGUUUUGCGUCUACAUUGUUAGGCCUCUGAUCGCGUGGAUGAUACGAAGAUCGCCUGAAGGUGAAUCCGUGAGCGAGUUCUACAUCUGCCUUAUACUCACGGGAGUGAUGAUCUCGGGUUUCAUCACGGAUGCGCUCGGCACGCACUCUGUUUUCGGCGCGUUUGUUUUCGGGUUGGUGAUUCCGAAUGGCCCUCUUGGGAUUACGCUUAUAGAGAGGUUGGAGGAUUUCGUGUCCGGCCUUCUCUUGCCGCUCUUCUUCGCCAUCAGCGGCCUCAAAACCGACAUUUCUUCCAUACAGGAUUUCAGCACGUGGGCGAUUCUGGCUGUGGUUAUUGUGCUUGCUUGUGCGGGUAAAGUCGCCGGCACGCUUCUUGUCACUCUCUACUACAAGAUCCCUUUCUACGAGGGCCUCACACUCGGUUUGCUCAUGAAUGCCAAAGGCCUCAUUGAGAUGAUCGUGCUCAAUGUUGGCAAAGAUCAGAAGGUUCUAGACGACAAAGCUUUCGCGAUCAUGGUACUCGUGGCAACCGUCAUGACUUCGGUCAUCACUCCAAUCGUCACAAGCAUUUACAAACCGGCCAAGAAAUUCGCACCGUACAAGCGGCGGACGAUCCAAAAAACCAAACCGGACGGCGAGCUUCGCGUGCUCGUGUGCGUGCACACGCCGCGAAACGUCCCAACCAUCAUCAACCUUCUCGAAGCUUCCCACCCUACCAAGAAGUCCCCAAUCUGCACCUACGUCCUCCACCUGGUUGAGCUGACCGGUCGUUCCUCAGCCAUGCUCAUAGUCCACAGCGCGCGGAAAUCCGGCCGGCCCGCCCUGAACCGGACCCAGGCACAGUCCGACCACAUCAUCCACGCCUUCGAGAACUUCCAGCAGAACGUGGGGUUCGUGACCGUCAACCCCCUCACCGCCAUCUCCCCUUACUCCACCAUGCACGAGGACAUCUGCGAGGUGGCGGAGGACAAGCGCGUGGCCUUGAUCAUCGUCCCCUUCCACAAGCAGCAAACGGUAGAUGGAGGGAUGGAGGCCACCAACCCGGCCUUCCGCACGAUAAACCAGAACGUGCUCGCCAACGCGCCCUGCUCGAUCGGGAUCCUCGUCGACCGGGGGCUCACCGGGUCGACCAGGCUGGCUGCCAACCAGAUCGCGCACCACGUGGCUGUGCUGUUCUUCGGCGGGCCUGACGACAGAGAGGCCCUGGCCUACGCGUCAAGGAUGUCGGAGCACCCCGGGAUAAACCUCACGGUGCUCCGCUUCACGGAGGGCGCUGCGGAAGCGGUGGGGGAGUCGGGGCGGCUCGGACGGGAGAUUUUAACGGUGGCGACAGAUAACGAUCGUGAGAAGCAGAUAGAUGCGGAGUUUAUUAAUCAAUUUCGGGCCAGGACUUCUAACGAUCCUUCGGUAAUAUACACAGAGAAAUUUGUGAACAAUGGGGAGGAGACGGUGGCGGCGAUCAGGUCGAUGGAUGCGGUUCACGAUCUAUUUAUAGUGGGGAGGGGGGAGGGGCAGACGUCGCCGCUCACGGCGGGGCUGACCGAUUGGAGCGAGUGCCCGGAACUGGGGGCGAUCGGGGACUUGCUGGCGUCGUCGGAUUUCGCGGCCACCUAUUCGGUGCUGGUGGUGCAACAGUAUGUGGGGGCGGAGGUGUUUGGGGAGGCCGCCGCGGGGACGCCCGAUAGUCCCGGUCAGAUCCACGAUCGGCCUUUCGAUAUGGGGCGGCGGACGUCACCGCGGGGACUUACGCAGCCGUGAUAUAUGGCUGUUGUUGGUUGUCAUUGUUGUAGGGAGGGGAUGAAGUGUUUCAUGGAUUCUUGUUGUAUAAUCUUUAAUCUUUUUAGUAGUUUUGUAAAGAUUAAUAUUGUAGGAAGCUUUUGUAUAGUUCAAAUCAAUGAAAUUCUG